CUUCGUGGUCGAGAACGCCGCCCGCCCGCCCGGGAAGCACCCGCGCCCCGCGCGAUGGGUGCCAACGAGGACCAGGAGAUGGAACUGGAAGCAUUACGUUCUAUAUAUGAAGGAGAUGAAAGUUUCCGGGAAUUAAGUCCAGUUUCAUUUCAAUAUAGGAUAGGUGAAAAUGGUGAUCCCAAAGCCUUCCUCAUAGAGGUUUCCUGGACAGAAACAUAUCCCCAGACCCCUCCAAUCAUAUCCAUGAAUAUAUUUCUCGUGCAUUCCAGAUCCUCAGCCGUGAAGGAGAGCAUAUUAGCCAAGUUACAGGAAGCGGUGGAAGCCAACCUCGGCACCGCCAUGGCCUACACGCUGUUCGAGUACGCCAAGGACAACAAAGAGCAGUUCAUGGAGAAUCACCAUCCCGUGAACUCUGCGACAUCCAUAAGCAAUAUCCUCUCAGUUGAAACUCCUAAUGUAGCCCCAUCCAGUAAGAAAAAAGACAAGAAGGAACAACUUACAAAAGCCCAGAAACGCAAACUGGCAGAUAAAACAGAUCACAAAGGGGAGCUCCCUCGAGGCUGGAACUGGGUGGACGUGGUGAAGCAUUUAAGCAAAAGUGGCACUAAAGAUGAUGAAUAGCACUUGGAAUUGGAAACAAGGGAAGCGCAUCCUUAAAAAGUAAACUGGGUUCAAAUUCGUCACUCUUUUCUGGCAUUGAGGUGGCUUUUUAUAAAACAAUUUUUUUGUAUGUUUCUUACAUAAAAAUGUUUUCAGCUGAAAGUUCAUGAA